GUCAUGUGUCAGUUUUACUGUCAUCUAAACGUGCUUUUUAUUUAAAAAAGUUAAAAAGUUCGGGAUAUUUUAUUAAGUAUAUAAAUUAACUACUAUGGAUAUGGAUUAUUGCACAUUUAAAAGCGAUCGGGAAAGAUUCCAAUCUGGGAGCAGUACAGAUGAAAAUGAAUCUGGAUCUGAGCAGGAACAUGAGGAGCUUAUUUCACAAAAUCAACUUGCAAUGGUUAACCAUGUUAUGGGUACUCCUGUAAGGAAACGGAGGGGGAAUUUGCCUAAACAUUCAGUUAAAAUUUUGAAAAGAUGGUUGUAUGACCAUCGCUACAAUGCUUAUCCAACUGAUGGUGAAAAAUUGACUCUUUCACAAGAAGCCAAUCUUACUGUAUUGCAGGUUUGCAACUGGUUUAUCAAUGCAAGAAGAAGGAUAUUGCCAGAGAUGAUUAGAAGAGAAGGUCAUGAUCCAAAUCACUAUACAAUAUCUAGAAGAGGUAAGAAAUUGAGUAGUGUAAAUGGAAUUGGUGAGCAGCCACCAGUAAAUUGGCAUGGAGAUAUACAAUCUAUCACUAGAGGAAAGCGCAUAAGACUUGAUCAUGACUAUGAAGACAGUAUGACAUUGAUGUAUCGUUCUGAAGAAGAUAGUCCUAAUGAAUAUGAGAGUUCUAGUCCCAGUGAAGAGGAGAAAUUUGCUUCUUGGCAGACAGUUAUAAGAUAUGGAGUACAAAAUGAAGCUAACCAUCCUGCUAUUAGAGGAAAUAAUGAAGGAAACUUUGGCAGCACUGAUUAUUGGAAUCCCCAAUUGACCCAAAUGACUCACACACUUUCAGCUCCAAAAGUACAAGUAAUGCCUGCACAUCCUGUCAAUGAUCUGAUUCAAGCAGAUCCUCUUGCCACUGAUGAAGACAAGGAUAAGUUUAAGUGCUUAUACUUGCUUGUUGAGACUGCGGUUGCUGUCCGACAACGUGAAAAAGAACGAAAUGAUAUUCAAGUAUAGUCAUGAUGUCUGCAUUGUACUUAAUAGUCACAAACCAAUGGUGCCUUGCUUCCCCUUAGGCCAGUAUGUGUAAACUGUGUUUUUAAUUUUUCAUUUUGAUUAAAGAAAAUGUUUGUUACCUAAAUAUUAAUUUGAAAAGGUGGUGUUAGUAAAUACCUUAUGCCUUAUUUAAACCAAAAUAUUUAGAUGUGGGACUAAAAACAUUUCUCCAAAUUAAAAGUAGAAUCUCCAAUUUUGGUUUAAUUAAGUAUGUAUCCUUUAUUACUAUGUAGUGAUGGAAUUAAAAUAUAUGAAUUUAGUGAUCCCUUUUAUUGUUAGUAUUCUUUAUAUUGACCCUUGCAAAGAAUAACUUAACCAGCACUUAAGAUUUUCUUCAGAACUGAUAAAAACAGAUACCAAUUUCUUUUAUUUACUUUUUUAUAUGAAUGUGACAUUUUUUCAGUAUAAGAAGUAAGUAUUUAUAUAAAUAUUGAAGUCCUCUUUUAGAAUAAGAUCUACUAUUUUUGAUUAGGGAUAGUUUUUGAACUGUGUCAAGUUAGAAUUUUUAAUAUAAAUGUAAUGUUUCAUAGAAUAAUCUUAUAACUGCAUUUACAACAAGUUUUUUAAAAUCAAAUAUAUUGUCUUUAUGGCAAUUCAGUUACCCAAUAUGAUUUAAAUGUUGUUUUUCUUAUCAUACUAAGCUCAUCUGUUGUUCGGGAAUAAAAACUGUUUUGUUCUUUUUAUGUCGAUCUAUUAGGGUGUGCAUGGAAUCUCCUUCAUUUUGGGAAUAAUUACCUGAAAAUAGGUGUGCGUUAUGUUUAUAGAAAAGUUUUCAGUUGCAAAAAAAUGCAUUAUACAUAUACUAUUUCGGUUUUAUCCUUCACAAUAAAUAUUACUAUAAAAUAUAAAGUUUUUAUAUCCUUUUGAAACCUUAGUAACAAUAAAAUUGUAAACAGUGCUAUUUAUAACAUUUUUUUAUUUACAGUAUUACUCCAUUCGGAAUUUUUCUUGUAAAUGCAGUUACAGCCACACUGACCAUAUUGGUGAAUAGUGCAUAAAAAGUUGUACAAGAACACUGUAACUUAAAAUUGCCAAAAAUGUUAGUUACUAUGGUAUUCUAUGCAAGGGUUGAUAUUAAUAUUUCUUCAGAUCAAUUUGAAAUAAUUGUUAUUUAUAAGCUAUGUAAGAUAUUAAUUAUGUAAUAAAUGACUAUAAAACAAGUUCAAGAAAAUAUGAAUAUUUAUCAAUUGUUUUAAGAAGAAAUGCUUUGCUAGUAAACGAUAAUUGCCAAAUGAAAUUUUUGUCCAUUUUUGAACCUUUUAAUUAUUGAAAUAAUUUUAACAGAUUUUACGAUUUUUUUACUGACAUAAAUACUGUUGAACAGUAAUUUUUUGUUCUAAAUAAUACGAGUUAAAGAUGGGUAAAGUUAAAGAUACUUGUUCAGAUGGGUCAUUAAAUUUCUGGUUAUUCUCAAAUUUCUUCUUCCCCAUAUCCAAGGUAAUAUAUUUCCUUUGUGAUAUAAAUUUUCGCAUUUUGCAAAUCUAUGUGGUACAGCAUGUCUCUGCUGAUAGUAAUAUUUUAGGAUUGUGUAUAGUAUCUAGUAGUAUAUGGCAGUUAAAAGAAUGUAACUGAUUUUACAGUUACAUUCUUAUGAUUUUUAUAUUAGAUAGAAUCUGAUAUAAUAGCUUACAGCCGCAGGUAGUAGAGGCUACUUGCAAAAAUUCAUGACUAUCAGGUAUAUAUUUUUAGGAUGUUAUUAUGAACAUUGAGAUUAUUUUACGGUUGAGAAUUUUUUUUUCUCUUUACCCAGGUAUUGUUUUGUAACUAAUUUUCCCCCUACAGAGUGAAUCAGUUUCUCCAUAUUCACAAAAUUAUUAUAUUUGAUUUCUUCAUAUUCACAUAAUUAUCGUGAUUUCUUCUCAUUUUAAAAGUUUGUGAAUUAAGAUCUUUUAGUUUACACUAAACGUUUUAUACAUUUCAAACUGAAUGACUAUUUCUUAAAAAAAUAAUAUAUUUUACUCGUAACACAGUAGAAUCAUUUCUUUUUAUAUUCUGUGAAAAAUGGAAAAUUUAAGACUUUUCUUGAAUGUUGAAUGUACCAAAAAACCAGUAACAUGCCGUAUCUAUUUUUUGUAAGAUAUAAUUCACUUUGUGCUGUAUUUUAUAACACCAUCCUUUCGGUUUUCAUCUGUAUUUAUUCAUACUACUUAUUUUUUUUUUAAUUAUUAUGGAUAAAAAAAUCAUAAAAGGUUUCAAAUAAAUAUUCACUAAUUAGAACAACAGUUAAAAAUAAUACACUCUAAAAAUAUUAGUAUAAUAUUUAAAUGGGAUAAUUAAAAAAAAAUAGUUAAAAAUUAAAUUUGCAAUGAUAACUGUGCUAUUGUUAUCACUAAAUAAUCUUAAAAAUUCAAAAAUUUUGUUUCUGAUAAGUUUUUUAAGUAAACAUCUUUAAAUUGUUUAUUUUUUGUGAAUAAUUCGAGAUUAUUACUUCUUAAAUUAUAAUUUUUUUGUUUCUGUAUUAAAAUAACUUUUUCAAUGUUAAUGUACAAAAUAUUUUGCAUACAAUAUUGGCAAUAAGUUCCUCAUUAUGGAUACUUGAGCUUUUGGAUUCAAUGAAAUUUUUGAUUACUUAAACAUAAAAAUUACGAUAAUCAGAGUAAAGUAUCUUUAAUGACGCAUAUUAUAUUGUCAAAGUCUGGUUUCUGUUAAAGUGAAAUAAUUUUUCUACAACCUUCAUUGCAUGUUCACCUUCUACUAAACAGUACAUAAUUUACAAUGUAUGUUCAAGUAUGGCAAGUCUAAAUAGCCAAUAAUACUAACGAUCGGUUUGCUAGUCAGAGGAAUCUGGUAACAGACGAAAAUGCCUCAUUUCGCGCAUCUCACCUUAAUUGGCGUUUGGUGUACCUUUGUAUAAGGAUCCUGGAUAUACUGGUGGAUAACAUGAUAUUAUUUAUCUGUGCCAUAUUAGUUUUGCAAUCCUUCUUUAUUUUUAGAAUUAUUUCUAUUAUAAAAGGAUAAUUACUCAUUGUUAUCGUUUCUAUUCAAAACACCAAUAAUGACAAUUAUAAGUUCUUAGAGACUAUUUCGUUUUAACAUUUUGUAUAUAUGAAUAAACAAUCAAAUGAUGAAACAUCUGUAUAUAUGAGUCUGUAAUUACUGUUUCAUAGACUUACCAAGACCAUAUAUGAAAAGUGUAAGCUCUGAUUAUCCUAUAUCCAUUUUAUAAAAUUGACAAAUUUAUUGUUUGUUUUACGUAUUAGAAUAACUUUUUUGGAAAAUAUUAUUUUAUCCUCCAAUAUAACAAAAAAAUCCAAAGGUACAUAUUAGAUUUUUUGUGUGUAAAAGGUGUAGCUUCUCGAUUAGAGACAACAAUCUCUGCAUAGAUUUGUUACUGAUGACAUGCAACGAAGUAGGUAAAAAAUAUAAAAUAUGUAUUUUCCGCCAAUGAUUGUUAAAUUGAAGUUUUAUAUUUGUAUGUUUAAUCAAAAUGUGCUAAAAUUGUUUUCAAAUUAUUAUUUCAUGUUGAAAUUGUAAACAUAUACUGGCCUAUCCUUCUGAAAGCUCAAAUAGAUUCUUGGUCACAUUUACAAGUGUUUUUCAUACAAAAAAAUAUGAAAUUGAGUGCCAAUUUUAAUAUUUGUCGUUAUGAACUCGUAGGAUUUUAUAUUAAGAUUGCAAGUUGUGUUGUGUUUUUUAGUUUCGUAAUGUUUAAUAGUAUUCCCUAUAGUUUGAAUUCCAAUGUUUAUUACAAGAGAGUGAUAUUAAAACGUGUUGGAAUU